AUGUCCACCUCCAGUCGCUCAAUGACAAGCGUAGAAAGAACCCGUUUAGCCGAAAGUUCCCCUUCUACAAGAGCAGAGAGGCGGGCGAGCAGGAGAGCAGCGACGUGGAGCGACCUGUGCGAAGAGCUUCUUUCCAGAGGACACAUGAGCUACACUCGUCCCGUCAUCAUCCUUGGACCCAUGAAGGACCGCAUCAACGACGACCUCAUCUCAGAGUUCCCAGAGAAAUUUGGCUCCUGCGUCCCACAAUCUGGAGCGCACCGAGACGCACAGGGUUUGUCAGAGGAGCGUUGUAGUCAGGCUCAGUACGGCGCGUCCCCACCUCCACCACCCCUCACCACCUCCACCCUGCGUCUCAUCCACCCCGCACCUCCUCCACAACACACCUCCACCCCGUACUUCCUCCACACUGCACCUCCUCUAUCCCAAACCUUCUCCACACCUCCACCCCUCACCUCCUCCACACCCUCUACACCACACAUCCACCUGCAGCUCCUACACGCUGCACCUCCUCCCCCCGCCUCCUCCACACCACUCCACUUCCUCCCCACUGCCAUCCUCCCCUCCGCACCUCCUCCCCUCCGCGCCUCCUCCCCUCCGCGCCUCCUCCCCUCCGUGCCUCCUCCCCUCCGCGCCUCCUCCCCUCCGCGCCUCCUCCCCUCCGCGCCUCCUCCCCUCCGCGCCUCCUCCACCCCGGAGCAGCAGGGCCUGUGA